AUGAACAUACUGGACGAUGACGGCGGUGUGCGUGUCGCCGAAGGAGAGUGUGGAGGAGGGAUCUCGUCAGCCACUACCAUUUCGCGGGAUGUCAGGUGGCAGGGUCCUGCUUCCAGCUCGGAUGACAGGUUCAGCUUUGAGGAGCUAGAUGACUCGGACCACCUGCCGGGAACUCCCCUCAUCCAGGAGUCCAACAUCGACAAUGUCAUCCUUCAGAUCGAAACCGCCGACGACACCAUCCUCUGCAUUUCUCGUGCACUUCUGGCCAAGUACUCUCGCUUCAUCGCCGAGCUGCCCCCCUUUCUCAGCUCGGACGCAGAGGCCGACGCGACGGGGGACGUCGACGUCAUCUCAUUCACCAUACCCACGGCCACCUCGGGUGGUCUCCAACUCCUCAUCGACCUCCUCCAGACCGAGGACUACAGCGACCACGUCCUCCUCCAAUCGGACUCCCCUUGGCGCGACCUAGACAUCAAGGACCUACCGGACGUCAUCAAUGCCCUGGACCUCGCCGAGGUGUAUGAGAUGCCGGCGGUCCCGGGUCUGCUCGUCGAGUCGGCUAUCAAACACCUCAUCGAGCGACCCUUGCUCGCUUGGGCGGUAUGCGGUCUUGCGCGGAUGGACCAAACCCCAUAUACGCGUCUAUUGCGCAACUCGUUUGACCUGGUCAGGCAUCCCAUCCCGGCCUCCGCGCGGACCAUAGUCGAGCAAUACGUGCCCCGUGCCCUCUUCCAUCUGGAGCAGAUCCAGCUCGGGUGGAAUCGAGCAGCGGCGGAACUUCGCCAUGCGCUCAAUAUGCUCGUCAACACGGGACACGGCCUCGAACCACCCGCUCGGCGCUGUCAGCAGCAUCCGUCCCUAUCCAGCGUCCGCCGAGAUGCGGCGGCUAAGACUGUUCUGGACCUCCUUGCCACUGGCGGAUACUCGGCGCCGCUCGCCAUCGGUGGCGCUGCUAGGUCAUUGGAGAUGAACGAGCGUUGUCUGCGGUAG